AUAGAUUAUUAUUAUUAUUGCAAUGUAAACAACCACUAAGUUUUCUUACAUAUACAGCUAGGCAAUAUUUAUACAAAGGCACUGCCAAACAGAUUUAAAUUGUACGUGAAUGAUACAAGCGUUUUGAAUUACAUCAGAUGCAACAAUACCUUUUUUUUCUUUUUUUUUUUAAAAUAAAGCUGCAGUUCUUUAGCGUGCAUGAUUACUUUCCUCUAAAAAUGGAAACGAAUAUUGUGUCGAAUGUUUCGCUUUCUUGUAUUCUAAAAUAAUUAUUUUUAAAAAUCUGCUACAGCACUCCAUUAAUGGACAACAACAACCUAUAGAAUGACACACACCGAAUCUGCGACAGAGUCAAGAAUGAGUAACAAUGUUUUAAAAAUUAAACCGACGGUGAAUUAUAAUCAGAAGAAACAGGUUGAUUAGCAGUUCCUUUUGAGCACAAUGAAUGUGCAAAAAUCAAGAGCACUUAUUGAAUGGGUAAGGGGACUAACAAAUAUUAAAGGAAGCAAGACAUUGACUGAGCUGAUUAAUGAUGGCGACAGCUACAUUCAGGUGUUGCAUCAUUUAGACCAUGGAGUUGCCAGUCAGCCAUUUUCUACAUGCAGAGAACGUGUUGAUGCUGUGCAGAAAUAUUUGGAAGAUUUUUACAACAUUGACUUCAGUGAUGGUCGAUUGAUCAACUUUGAAAACGUGAUUGCUGCAACACAUGGAGAAAGCAGUUAUGAAGAGGAAGCUGCAAAAGUUUUGCUGCUGCUGCUCUCUGCUGGUAUUCAAGAGAAGAAUGUGGCAAUCCUUGACAGGGCCAUGACUAUUGAUCCUUCUCUGCACUGGGAUGUGCGUCGCCUGAUAGAAUCAGUCGUUCGACCCGAUGACCCUACUUUCUCACUUCCACCUGAUUUUGCCAAAGUCUUUCAUGAACACUCUGUGGCAGCAGUGUGCAGCAGUCCUCUGCAAGUGAACACCAGUUAUCAUGCCUCACCUCUCAGACUGGCAUCUCUUUCUUCUCCGGCCACACCACUUGAGGAACUCAUCAACUCCCCUGUGUUGGCCAAGAAAAUGCUACGACGAGAAAAGGAACAAAGGCAAAAACUUGAGCGACAGCUCAGAGAAAAAACUGAAGCAUUAAAGAAAGCCCAACAUACAUUGCGCACUGAGUCACACUUACGCGAUGAGCUGGAAUUAGAUUUACAGGAAACUACAGCUCAGCUGGAGAAGAAAGAUCAUCGUAUAGCAGAACUUGAGCAGCAAUUACAAAGGAUGAGAUCUCUUCAAGACCGUCUAGAUGACCUGGGAAUGCUACAGUCAUCCAACAUGGAAAUGGAACGUGACAUAGAAGAGCUACGACAGCAAGCAUCACUUGUGGAGAGUUUGCAGCAAUACUGUAAGACUUUAACAGAAGAAAACAAGAAUGUGACUCAGGAGCUGGCUGAAUGCCAGGAAAAGCUUGACAAGUCAGAAUUAGCUCUUGCUGAGGCACAGAAAGCACAAAAAAGCUACCAAAAUAUGCAGUCACGUGUGAACAGUUUGGAAGAGCAGGUGGAAUUGCUGCAUAGUGGGAAAGAAAAGGCAUGGCAUGAUCGCCAGAUGAUGGAAAUGCAACUGGAACAUCUACGCAGUGUCAACCUCUCACUGCAGCACCAAUUGGCUGAGCCUGCUUCCCAGGGAGAUGACAGUGUCUGUGGUGGUGAGUGCAUGAGUGUGGUGACAGACAAGCUUGUUUGGGAGCUCCAGACUGAACUCGAUGCUAUAAAAAACACUUGGACAGAACCUGUAACCCAUGCAGCUGUUGUCAAGAACCUUGAAAAGGCCACAAAAGAAAAAGAAAAUCUUGAGCAAAGGCUUUGUGAGUUGGAGCUAAUGAAGAAGCAGCUUGAGGACCAUCUCAAUCUUUUGCAGCGUAAGUCAGAAAAAAAUACAGCCUCCCUGCUGCAGAUGGAGGCGGAGAAAGAGCAGUUACAGACCAACCUCACAGAAAUUCGUGAUUUAGUGGAAAAGGAGAGAAAGGAUGCUGCAGAGAAACUGUUGAAUGAAUUGCAUGUACUCUCUGAGAAACACAAAAAGGAACUGGAGGAAAAGCUGGUUAACAAAGAGGAUGAGUUCCAGAAUCUACUGGCAUUGAAGGAUGCUGAGAACCAGAGGAUGAUCCUUGUCAAAGAGUCAGAGUUUGAAAAGACUCUAGCACAAGAAGAAAGCCAGUGGAGAAGCAUAUUAGAAAAAAAAGAAUCCGAUUUUUGCUUAAUAUUGACAGAAAAAGAGAGAGAGUUAGCAGAGAAAGCUGCAGAAAAGGAGAGUUUGCUGCAAGAAAGGCUAAGGGAAAAUGCAGCCUCCCUGCUGCAGAUAGAAGCCGAGAAAGAGCAGCUACAGGCCAGCCUCACAGAAAUUUGUGAUUUAGUGGAAAAGGAGAGAAAAGAUGCUGCAGAGAAACUGUUGAAUGAAUUGCAUGUACUCUCUGAGAAACACAAAAAGGAACUGGAGGAAACGCUCGUUAACAAAGAGGAUGAGUUCCAGAAUGUACUGGCAUUGAAGGAUGCUGAGAACCAGAGGAUGAUCCUUGUCAAAGAGUCAGAGUUUGAAAAGACUCUAGCACAAGAGGAAAGCAAGUGGAAAAGCAUACUAGAAAAAAAAGAAUCCGAUUUUCACUUAAUAUUGACAGAAAAAGAGAGAGAGUUAGCAGAGAAAGCUGCAGAAGAGAAGAGUUUGCUGCAAGAAAGGCUAAGGGAAAAUGCAGCCACCCUGCUGCAGAUAGAGGCCGAGAAAGAGCAGCUACAGGCCAGCCUCAUAGAAAUUCGUGAUUUAGUGGAAAAGGAGAGAAAGGAUGCUGCAGAGAAACUGUUGAAUGAAUUGCAUGUACUCUCUGAGAAACACAAAAAGGAACUGGAGGAAAUGCUGGUUAACAAAGAGGAUGAGUUCCAGAAUCUACUGGCAUUGAAGGAUGCUGAGAACCAGAGGAUGAUCCUUGUCAAAGAGUCAGAGUUUGAACAGACUCUAGCACAAGAGGAAAGCAAGUGGAGAAUCAUACUAGAAAAAAAAGAAUCCGAUUUUCACUUAAUAUUGACAGAAAAAGAGAGAGAGUUAGCAGAGAAAGCUGCAGAAAAGGAGAGUUUGCUGCAAGAAAGGCUAAGGGAAAAUGCAGCCUCCCUGCUGCAGAUAGAAGCCGAGAAAGAGCAGCUACAGGCCAGCCUCACAGAAAUUCGUGAUUUAGUGGAAAAGGAGAGAAAAGAUGCUGCAGAGAAACUGUUGAAUGAAUUGCAUGUACUCUCUGAGAAACACAAAAAGGAACUGGAGGAAAUGCUGGUUAACAAAGAGGAUGAGUUCCAGAAUGUACUAGCAUUGAAGGAUGCUGAGAACCAGAGGAUGAUCCUUGUCAAAGAGUCAGAGUUUGAAAAGACUCUAGCACAAGAGGAAAGCAAGUGGAGAAGCAUAUUGGAAGAAAAGGAAUCUAAUUUUUACUUAACAUUGACAGAAAAACAACAGUGUCAGACAGCAUUACAAGAAAAGAAAUUAGAACUACAGCAGAAACUUGAAGAAAAAGAAACAGAGUGUGCCAGGAUCAUUGCUGACAAAGAAAGCCAGCUUCAGAAUGCAAAUAUCAAAUUUCAAAGGCAAAUUUCUGAUUCUGAGGCUACAUGGCAGUCUCUAUUAAAAGAGAAGGAAAAGGAAUUAUUUGAGAAACUUGCUGGAAACAAAGAGGAGUUUAAAAAAAUGAUGGAGGAAAAAAAUAAAGACUUUGAGAGCAUUCUGGCAGAGAAAGACGAAUUACAGAGAAAGCUUUCCGAGUGCGAUUCCAAAUUCCGAACAAUUAUUGCAGAAAAAGACAAAAUGCUGGUACAAGAAGCAGAAAAAGCAUUGGAACGGCAUAAUUUGGUGUUAAAUGAGAAGUGUGACUCCCAGAAAGCAAUUAAGGAAAUGGAGUCUGGCCUGCAGAGCAUCAUUGCAGAGAAAGAUAAACUUCUGAGACAGGAGGCAGAAAAGUAUGCAGAACUGAGUCAAAUGUUAGAGAAGGAAAAGUGCGAGUUCCAUCAGAGGAUCAUGGAAAAAGAAGGCACCCUGCAAAAGAAUUUGAGCACCAUAGAGGCAGAGCUCUCUCAGAAGUUACUUGAAAAGGAAAACGAGUUGCAAGCAAAGUUGACUAAAAAAGAUGAGGAAUUCCAAGGUAGGUCAGCAGAAAAGGAAAUGGAAUUUCAAAAACUCUUAAUGCUUAAAGAAGCUGAAUUUGCUGCAAAGUUGACUGAGCAAAACAAGCAGUUUCAGGAUUCCAUGAAAGAACUUCAGAAUAAGCUGGCGGAAAAUGAGGCAGUUUUACAGAAACAGACUCAGAUGGAGACUGAAUUAAAGAAGCAGCUGACUGUGUUAGAGGCUGACCUGAAGAUGCUUACUGUGAAAGAAGCAGAAGAUUGCAAGGUACUAGCAGAGAAAGAGAAGCACUUAUGCAAGAUCCUGAAAGAUAAAGAUGCUGAAUGUGAAGAAAAAAUGACAGCAUUAAAAAGAACAUUACAGAGUAAUUUCUCUGAAAGAGAAGUACAGCUGAUGAAAAUUUAUUCAGAGAAAGAGAGAGAUAUUCAGGAAAUCUUGGCAGAAAGGGAAUCAGAGUUGCAAAAUUUAGUGGCAGGAGAGGGAGAGUUCCAAACAGUUCUGGCAGAAAAAGAUAGUAAAGUAAAUGUUUUAGAGAAACAGCUGGCAGAAAUGCAGAACACAUUAGAGAAAAAAGAAAUUCAUUUUCAACAUGUUCUGGCUGAGAAAGAGGCAGAAUUAGCACAAAAAGUUGAAAGAGAAAAAGAAAUGAAUGCAAAACUUGUGGAGAAAGAAGCUGAAACAACACAUAGAUUGUCACUGCUAGAAGCUUGCUUGGAAAAGGAAAGGGCCAAGAUGGAGCAGAUGAAGGAAGAGCUUUUGUCUCUAAAAACAGAGCAAGACAAGACUGAAUGUGAUGAGAAGAAAACACUUGCAUUGCUACUAGAAAAAGAUCAACAUCUUAGAUGUUUGGAGCAAAAAUUGCAGGAUGCCUCAUCCACUAUUUCUUCACUUGAGGCUGAUCUCACCAUUGAGAGAGAAAAAUGCUUAGAUCUGGGUGAGACGCAAGACAGACUUCAAGAGCGAAUUCAGAAACUAAUGUCCUUGAAUGAACAGAUGGAGAUAUUACUUGAGGCAAAACAAAAAGAGCUUGCCCAGCAGCUUAUCUCAUCCAGCAGCAUGGAGAAAAGUUUGGAUUUGCUCCAACAAAAAUUGGAACAGCAACAAACAUGUGCUUCCAUGGCAGAGGUAGAAAAGAAUCAUCUGCAAACCAGAAUCAGCAACCUUCUCUUAUCAGCCGAGAAAGAAAAGAAGGCCUGGGAAGAGAGGAUUCAAGAAAAAGAUGCUUUGAUUGCAGGCCUUCAAAGCACAAUAGCAGAGCUUCAGAAGUACAUAGCAGGGGAGGAGACUGAAAUGAAAGAAAAGAUGCAGCUGCAAAAUGAACAGCUCUCAAUAAAGUUCAAAGAUGAGAAGUGCAGGCUACAAGAUAAGUUGGACCAAGUUAAAAAAGAACUGGAGAUGUUGCAGCAAGCCUCAUCAGAAAAAGAACAAAGUAUGGAAAGUAGAUUUUCUGCCUUGGAAGAAAAAGCAAACUUGGAAGCAGAAAAAGCAACUCAUUGGCAGACAAAACUGGAAGAAAGCACCAAAAAGGUUGAUCAACUUACCAAGCAGAUGAAGGAGAUUGCAGAAGAAAAGAAAAAUGCAGAAAAUAGUUUGGCAGAUUCAGAAGAGUACUGGCGGCUGCAGCUAAAGAACUUGCAGGAGGAAUUUGACAAUGCCAUGCAAAAGCAGCGUCAAGUUUUCAAGUCUGAGUUAGCAGAACAGCGGGCAGAAUACGAAACAAGGAUGUCAUCUGCCCUAGAAGAGCAAGAAGGGGUGCGUCUCGGGCAGAGGGCUUUGCUUGAGGAUCAGCUUGCAGCCUUGAAAAUCUCCCUUGGUGCCAAAGAACGGCUGCUGGAAGAAAAGGAGAUCCAGCUGCAAGAAAAACUGGCUGAGCUGGAGGCAGAGAUGAUGGUAAGACUUGGUGAGAAGGAGGCAGAGCUGCAGCAGGUUGUGCACAGGAAAGAUGAGGAGCUUGAAGCAGGUGCAAGGAGGGAGGCUGAGCUGUGCAGAAAGUUGUCCAGCAAAGAGCAGGAGCUGAAGGUGGUGGUGGUAGAGAAGGAAGCGGAGAUGCGCAGUAAGCUGACAAAACUGGAGCGGUGUUUAAAGGAGGAAGCAGAGUCUCAGCGAAGCAUCCGCACUCAGAUGGACCAUGAUCGAAGCAAAAUUCAGGAGCUGGAGGCACAGAUGACAAUUCUUCGUGCCGAACGCAUCGAGAGGGAGAAGGUUAUGCAAAAGAACAUUGAAGAAAAGCAGACAAGGAUCAUAAAACUUGAAUAUGCACUUGAGGAAAAGCAGAAGUCUCAUGUGGAACAGAUUGCCGAGCUGCAAAGAGAGACAGAAGAGCUGAAGGCUGAGCACCAAAAGUCAGUGAAGAGGACAGAAAAUCUGGAGCGGCAGCUGGCAGACCUUCGUACCCAGAAUUCUUUUGCCACACAAAGUGUGGAGAAGAAAGCAGAGAGGGUGCCAACAAGUUUCAGACUUAUAGAAGAGGGAGAUAACAUUUCCAUCAGCUCUCAGAAUCGAUCUACUCACUUCACUUUACACCCUCCACCACCUCAUGACCUUGACAUGUCCUUCACCAACAGUCUUCCACAGACGCCUGCAGAAGCAGAAAGGCAGUAUCUGUCCGUGUUUGACGAUAAAAGCAGUGGCCGUCCUAGCAUCUGCUCCAUUACCUCCAAAACCAGCAUUGUUCCAGUUGGCGCAGGCAAAUUGUUUUCAUGUGAAGAUGAGCCUGUCGAUAGUCCUCAGUUUGAAUGGGGAAGGCUUGAAGAACUGAAACGAAGAAAUACUCUAUGUCAGCCACACCUACGGUCUCAUUAUCCUGUGGAAACACAGGUGAUGGGAGGUGAUUUGUUCUCGGAUUCAAGUUCCAAAAUCAAGCGUAAGACUGACAGUGGUCCUGAUCCCAACAGUAAUUCAGCGCGCAAAGUGACACGGCAGGACACACCAAAGAGAAACAAAGGCAAGUCAAGCACGCCACGGCGGUCUCCUCGUUUCCGUGCCGCUUUAAAGGGAGAAGAUUCACAUAUGGACCCUCGCAGGCAAAGCAUAUCAUUUAGCGUGAACAUGUCACCUCCAAAAUUCAGUGGAUUACGCAAACUGAAAAGGCAACAGGCAUUCAUUGGCAACAAGGACCUGAAGAUGCCAAACUCCACCCCAGCUACGUCAACAACUGCCACAUCAAGCAGCACAGUAAACAGCACUACCAGCAAGCUGGCAAAGAGCAACAGAAAGCCACUUGGUGUUAAUAACUCCAUUCAAACACCUUUCUGACAACCCAAAAGCUGGUGGAUUUUAUCAAGAUACAACAAAUUGGCUGUGAGUGGACUCGUCACUGCUGCUAAGGACCACAAGAAUGCUUUGGCUGUGAUAGCUAAUGCUAGCACAUUUUAAACUUAAAAUAGCUAUAUGCCUUGAAAUAUUUACUUGUUUAUCAUGAAAUAUUUUGAGACAUGUAUGGAAAACAUGAGCUGGUGCUGACGAGAACAGCAUUAAAUACAAAACAGUGCUUUUUAUUUACCAGAUCAUACUUUGUACAGAAUACUUUAUUUCAGGUUGGGUAGGACAAAUCUGGGAUGUGGGUCACCUUGUUUUAACCAGUGGAAUUAUAAAAUGAAGGCAAGGUUUUGUAUAUUUUAUCAAAUUGUUAAACCAGAUUUAGCAAUUCCAUACUUGGUUAGCAGCCAGAAAAUGAGAAUUGUGUAUAUUAAUUUUACUCGUUGUGAAUGCUGGUGCAUGUAUCAUGGCCAAAUAGAAAGUGAUAUUUUGUAUGAAGUAUAUCACAGCUGUGCUUAAUGGCUCCAGUCUAUUGUUUCAUUCUCAUAAUUUAUAUUGUAUAGUUUUGAUUGCAGAAUGAAUAUUUAUUUAAAUUUUAGGUGGGAAAGUUACAAAGAUAUAUGUGAAUUUAAUGAUAGACCUGAAACAAAAAUGGCUUUUUCUUGUAACAUUUUAUAACAGUUAUUAUCUGCAGUAAAGAACCAAGUUUGUGAUAUAUGUAUAUCACCAAACAGUAUUGUAAAGACAUGUAAAUUUACUACUGAAAUAACAAUCCAUUUUGUUUUCCUUUUCACUUUUUACUCCAGUAAUUUAUUGCUAUUAAAAAAGAUCGAGUUUUAUGUGUAACUUGACCAACCUGUGAAUAGGCAUUUGUGUUUUCAGUACAUAGCCACCAUAGAAAUAAGGUUUAGAUACUUCUGUACCUUUUUAAAGAAAAAAAAAUGAAAAUGAUUGCAGUUUGUUUUUAGCAUAAUCAGGUUAACCUAAGCUACUUUUAACCUCGCAGUGUACAUUGGGCUUUUAACUUUUGUCACUACUGUUAAGACUAGAUGCAAUGCACCCAGACUUUCAAGUGACACAGAAAACUGAACUAGCCUGUUGACAACUUUGAAUAUAAUUUCACAUUGCACUUUGUUUGCAUGAAAGUUGUUAAAUAUGUGUAGUUAACCUUGCUGUGUAGUUUUAAUAUGUGUAUAAGAUUCAAAAAGGAUGUUGUGUACAUUUAGUAUUGUGAUCUGCUGCUUAUAAUUACUGUCUCAUUGCAUUUAGAGAAGCAGCCUUUCUGCAGAGGACAUCUAAAACAGUUUAAGAGCAGUUUAAGAUUGGUGUGUUGCAUAGCAGAAGUGGAGAUUUUGAUUUACUCUAGGGAUGGGUUUGGUUUAGGUGCUUUUGGAGACAUAAAUUCCAUGAUACCAAU